UUGUAGGUGUUGCACCAUCUGUUCUAAUCAAGCAUGGCAUCAGCAGCAUCCCUCUUGCUUGAACAGACUGCAGCUUCUGUUAGCUCUUGGGAGAAGAGAGUUGCAACUAGCCCACCAAAGGCGGCCGCCACGUUUCGGACCAAGUUGGCGAGCUCAAGCACGUGGCUCGAUCACUUGGUUCCCGCAACAUUGCGACCAUAUGCAUACUUGGCUCGUAUCGACAAGCCCGUAGGAACUUGGCUUGUGGCUUGGCCCCAAAUGUGGGGAAUUGCUUUGGCUGCAACGCCUGGUAGGCUUCCGGAUCUGAGCUUGCUGUGGGUGCUGGCUUGGGCUUCAUUCUUCGCGAGAGGGGCGGGCUGCACUAUCAAUGACAUAUUGGAUCGAGAUUUUGAUGCCAAGGUACAACGUACAAAAUCAAGGCCAAUCGCAUGUGGACUCCUCACGCCCUUCGAGGCAACUCUAUUUCUUGUCAUUCAACUCUUGCUUUACAUUGGUGCUCUCUCACUAACAAACACAUUUUGUUUGGGUGUUGGAAUUGCAACGCUGUUGCUGGUUUUCUCUUACCCAUUGAUGAAAAGAUUGACAUAUUGGCCUCAAGCAUACCUAGGCAUGACCAUGAACUGUGGAGUCUUACUGGGUUGGUCAGCAGUUAAAGGGAGCUUAACUCUUGCUGAUAUCUUCCCAUUAUACUCUUCUGGUGUAUUCUGGACCAUUAUAUAUGACACUAUAUAUGCACAUCAGGAUAAGAAAGACGACGUGAAAGCUGGUGUAAAGUCCACAGCCUUAAGGUUUGGAGAAUCAACAAAGAGUUGGAUAAGUGGAUUUGGAGUUGCCUCCUUUACUUUCUUCCUCCUCACUGGAUACACGGCUAACCUUGCAGGUUGGCCAUACUAUGCAUUCUUGGCAGCUUCAGCUACCCAACUAGUGUGGCAGAUUUGGACCCUUGACAUAUCAAGACCUGAAGAAUGCGAAAAAAAGUUUGAAUCAAACAAAUACUUUGGAGCUCUCGUCUUCUUCGGGAUUUUGACCGGAAAACUCGUGCAGUGAAAGGCAUAUGUGACCGUGGCCAUGACUCCUCGUGCCACAUUUAAGAUGGAAAAGUGGAGUAAUAAGAUCGCUUCUGUCAGGUUCAUCCCAAAGUCUUCUGACUGUUGAAGUGAGACCCAAGUGUGUGAUUUAGUAGAAUAACCAUGUACUUGCACUGUACAAUGUUAUCAUUGGUUGGUAGUAAAAUAUAUUUUACUAUCCCAUAUAUAUGAUGUACGUCCUGGGAAAAUAUAUUUUGUGUUGACUAUAUAUGAU